AGACAGACGGGAGUUCUCUCGCAGCGCUUAAACACUCUUUGGCUACAGACAGAGCAGCUGUCAAUGCACAACGCUGGCUGAGCGUUACGACCGAGCAAGAGGCUUUUUGGGACGACAGAAGCUUUCAAAUGCUGUUCAGCGACGAUUUCUGUAGUUUAUCACAUUGUCGUGUCAGCUCUCCAAACGUUCAAAUCUAGUUUAUGAGCAACUAUCCGACAGAGAGUGACUUUCCGCGAGUGUUUUUAUUUAUUUACCUCCAAAGCGGACGGCGGAGUGCUGUCUGCUGUGCACUGUCCAUCCGACAGAACUAGUCCAGACAUGAGUAAUGUUAAUCUCAUUUUUUGGGACCAGUUGCUGGCUGGCAGCUCCGAUGUGGAUUGGUGUGAAGGCAAUUACCUUAUUUACCCCAGCAUCGCUGAAUUUUACAACACGAUAAGCAACAUUUUGUUUUUUGUUCUGCCGCCCAUAUUAAUGUGCUUGUUCCGCCAAUAUGCAACACAUUUCAACAGUGGGAUUUACCUCAUAUGGAGUCUACUCGUUGUGGUUGGUAUUGGAUCAACAUAUUUCCACGCCACCCUCAGCUUCCUUGGCCAGAUGCUGGAUGAGUUGGCCAUCUUAUGGGUGCUUAUGUGUGCCAUUGCCAUGUGGUUUCCCAAGAGAUACCUGCCCAGGAUGUUCAGAAGGGAUCGGUCAAGGUUUAAAGUGGUCAUUGGCAUCUUAUCAGGGAUCACCACUGGGCUGGCCUUCAUUAAACCUGUCGUCAACUCGUUGUCACUUAUGACUCUGGGCAUCCCCUGCACCGCGCUGCUAAUUACUGAGCUUAAAAGGUGUGAAAACCCACGUGUGUUCAAGUUGGGUCUGGUCUCAGGGAUCUGGUGGGCAUUGGCUCUGCUUUGCUGGCUCAGUGACAGGAUAUUCUGUGAGAUGUGGUCAUCUGUCAACUUUCCCUACUUACACUGUGCUUGGCACAUCCUCAUUUGUCUGGCUUCCUACUUGGGUUGCGUUUGCUUCGCCUACUUUGACGUCGCGACUGAGGCCCCGGAGCGAGGACCUGUCAUCAUGUUCUGGCCCAACGAGAAAUGGGCCUUCAUCGGCGUGCCCUAUGUUUCCUUCCUCUGGGUCCACAAAAAGUCUGCUAUCAAGGUGACUUAAGGUGACAAAACUUGUCUGGCCGUGCUUUAACGCAUCUCACCAGGAUGGUAACUUUGUGGCCUCUUGGGACUGGGUGAUGGAGGUGAUGCAAAUUGGGGCUUACAGUGAGGAUUUAUCUUUUCCUUUUUUAUCCCAGUUUGGUUUCAUUACACAGCAGUAUUUAUGCAACUCUGUCAAACAACAAAAAGUGUCACAAAUUAGUCUGACGUGGCAAUGAAAGGGUGACUUUUUAAACGACACAGCAUCAAAGCCAAAAAACAUUUUCCAACCAUAGUCUCAGGCUAUACAUAUAAGAUCAUGUAAGGUAGGAAUAUGGAUUUCAGCCUUCUUUAAAAAGAAGAUUUACGUUUUAACUCAUAAAACCUCAUUAUAGAGCAUUUCAUUGUCUUUAUAAACCCAAGUAAAGCAUCUCAUAGGUGCAGUCUGGUCAUUAUGAAAGCAUGUAGAAACAACAAAUCACUAGAUUUAGUAACUGAUUAAUGCACAAUGCAUUCAUUGCUCGGCCAAUAUUUCUAUGCCCAAUGAAUCAGCAAGCUGAUCCAUAAGAUGUUACAUAAGUGUUUUAACUAUUUCACACAAUGCCUUAUGUGUUUUAAAUACAUGACAAGUUCAGGCUCAUAAAUCUGCCCUCUUUGUGAACAUACGUUUUUAUUUAAAGCGCCAGAAACACAAUAGGCUUCUAUCUGUUGUGUGUGUGUGUGUGUGUGUGUGUGUGUGCUAUGUUUUGCUUCCAACAUGCCAUUGUGUUGUGUUAAUAUAAUAUUGAGAAAUGUGUUCCGAGUUAUCCUGUAUAUUUUGUAAACUAAAAAUGUAAUAAAUAGUUAUUUUCCAAGGUGUAAAUUAAUGAAUAGUUACCCUUUCAUAUUGGCCAAAACCCAAAGUAAAAAAAUAAAACUGAAUGUGAAAUCAAAAUGUAUUGAAAUAUGAUUGAGUAAUCAAGGAAAUUAUUAUGUAGUUUGGCUAAUUGCACACACUGCAGUUAUAACUACAGUUAUGUAUUUAAAACUUAGCCAAAAUACAGCUUUGAAUGCUGAAGUUUUUAUCAGCUGGUCUUUUUUCAACAGCAAGUCUCAACUCUUAUACUUCUCUUCAGGGUUAUUUAUUCCAUGUUCAGUAUUUCAGACGUUGUGCUAAACAUGAAAAGUGUGCAAAAAGCCUUAAUCAAACAGGAAAAUGGACUACAAAAGCAAAUGAAGGUACAUUGUUUCCUUGUGUGAUGUAGCCAAUCUGUUUGCUCUAAAAGGGAAAUACAGUGUUAUGAUUGUGUUAAAUAGCAAAUGGAAAUGAGCUUUAGGUUAUAGCAAGUAUAUGUUUUGGGACAGAUGAUGUUAUUAUUACUAAAACCUAGUCUAACUUGUCAAAGUAAUGUGUUCAUUUGACAGAGAUGAAUAGAAAGUAUGCAAGUCCAAUUUGUAAGGGAAAUAUGUUGUGUGUUGCAAAGCUAAACACUUUAAAUCUAAAAAAAAAAAAAUCAAAUAAGGAUCGCCAAAGCUUUUUCACCACAAACCAUUGUUUUAAAUGUUGCUCUUGCAAACUGCCUCAGACUGUGCUAACUAAUAUCAUCUGACUCCCGUCCUCCUGCAGAGGCUUCUGGGAACUCAAAUUGCUAAAACAACUUUUGAAGGAUCAUGAUGUAGAAAGAAAAAAACAAUUUUUUUUGUGAGUUUCUGAAGUAUUUUGUUAAAUCCAAAACAAUAUAUAUUUUUCUAAGUGCACUGCAUCCAAAAUUGAAGGGUGAAUGAGUUUUUGAUAUUGCAUGAUUGCCUUUGUCUUGUCAAACGUUUAUUUUUUUUAAUCUUUAGGAGAAACUUUAUUGAGACAGUAUUGAGAAUGUGAAAAAAGCUGUCGUAGGUCCCAGGAAUACUUGCAUUGUGCUGCAAAAUGAUAUUGAACUUCACAUCGGAUUUACAAUGGUGGAUUGUGUGUAUGAAGCACCCUCACAAAAAAGGAGUUGGUGUGAACAAGAGAGCCUGUUAAAUGCUGCCCUCUGGAUCGUGAUAUUUGUCUUGGCACAUGGUGUCAAUAUGAUCUCAUAACAAUGAGUUAAGUCUUUUUUAUGGACUUAAAUGUGUAUAUAAAUCUCAGUUCUUCUCUGCCUGCAUUGACAAUACAGACAAACUGCACAGAAAUAUUUAUUUUCAUAAUUUAUCCUGUUUUGUAAACAAACUGUAAAUUGUUUUAUUUUAUGCAAUAAACCAAGCCAAUACUCAAAA